AUGGAGGAGAGCGAAGCAGAAUGCGUAGAGCAUGCGCCUCGUACCUGUGCCUGCGGAGCGCCAACCUCGACCACCUCGCAGAUCCCAUUGGCUUUCCUUAGCCUGCCUGAGCCUGAGCGGUUCGUGCUCGUCAUGGUCGAUCCGCUCUGCGGUCGAGAGAAGUGCCGGACUCAAGUGCGACAGAAGACACUGCCCGCCAUAUCCAACUUGCGCUUCUCUGACAGGGAUCUGCCGGCCGAAGAUGGUCUGUAUUCCUUCACGAAGAUGAUGAGCUGCAAAGUGUGCGCGACGGUGGAUGGCGUGAAGAGAUGCUCGCGUUGUCGGACAGUGGCAUACUGCGGCAGAGCGCACCAGAGACAGGACUGGGCGGUGCACAAAAGCGGCUGCAUCCCGGCACCCGGUAUCAAGGAGAGUCGUGCCGCGUCGACACCGUCAUCUGGGCCGCAGAGACCACGGCCGGCAGGCAUCCAGGAGACGUUGUCUGGCGAGGUUUCAGACGACGAGGGCAGCGUGACCUAUGAAUGGACAACGUCCGGAGUGUUCAGCACCGACGAAGGCAUCCAAUACGAGGUCACCCAGGAGGAGGUGCGCGCGUUUCUGCUGUCAGGGGGUGACGACGAUGGCGAGGAUGUGGAUUGA